CCAGUGAGCCGAACCGGCAAGGGCUCGCCCCGUCCUUGAGACGGACACAAACAGGACACCGAAUCCUCUACAGAGGCCCUUUUGGGACGGGAUUCCGCCCCAGCCCAGGGCGCACCAAGAUUUUUCAAAAAGGGCCGCGCCGGGGGCGGGAUCCACGGGAGGGGCCGCCGCUAGUGCAGCCGGAAGGGGCGGUGUCGCCGAAGGGAUGGCGUCAUAAGGCGUCGCGCCGGGGGUGACGCGAGGCCUGGACGACGCGGACUGCGCCUGUCACCGCGGGGCUGGCUGCGGAGGAGGAGCGGGCUCCAUGGCGGUUCUGCUGGAGACCACCCUGGGCGACGUGGUCAUCGACCUGUACACGGAGGAGCGGCCGCGCGCCUGUUUGAAUUUCCUGAAGUUGUGCAAGAUAAAAUAUUACAAUUAUUGCCUUAUUCACAAUGUACAGAGAGACUUUAUCAUCCAAACUGGUGAUCCUACAGGGACUGGCCGUGGAGGAGAGUCUGUUUUUGGUCAACUGUAUGGUGAUCAAGCAAGGUUUUUUGAUGCAGAAAAAGUACCAAGAAUUAAGCACAAGAAGAAAGGCACUGUGUCCAUGGUGAACAAUGGCAGUGAUCAGCAUGGAUCUCAGUUUCUUAUUACUACAGGAGAUAAUCUAGAUUACCUUGAUGGUGUUCAUACAGUGUUUGGUGAGGUGACAGAAGGCAUGGACAUAAUUAAAAAAAUUAAUGAGACCUUUGUUGACAAGGAUUUUGUACCAUAUCAAGAUAUCAGGAUUAAUCAUACAGUGAUUUUAGAUGAUCCAUUUGAUGACCCUCCGGAUUUAUUAAUUCCUGAUCGCUCACCAGAACCUACUAGGGAACAACUAGAUAGUGGUCGAAUAGGAGCAGAUGAAGAAAUUGAUGAUUUCAAAGGGAGAUCAGCUGAAGAAGUAGAAGAAAUAAAGGCAGAAAAAGAGGCCAAAACUCAAGCUAUUUUAUUAGAAAUGGUGGGAGAUCUACCUGAUGCAGAUAUUAAACCUCCAGAAAAUGUUCUGUUUGUGUGUAAAUUGAAUCCAGUGACCACAGAUGAGGAUUUGGAGAUAAUAUUCUCAAGAUUUGGGCCAAUAAGAAGUUGUGAAGUUAUUCGAGAUUGGAAGACGGGAGAAUCCCUCUGUUAUGCUUUUAUUGAAUUUGAAAAGCAACCAUCAGCUGGAGCUGUAGGAGCCAACCCAGUGAUGUUCAACCUUGAUAGCACAGAAGAAGAUUGUGAGAAAGCAUUCUUCAAAAUGGACAAUGUACUUAUAGAUGACAGAAGAAUACAUGUGGAUUUUAGCCAGUCUGUUGCAAAGGUUAAAUGGAAAGGAAAAGGUGGAAGAUAUACCAAGAGUGAUUUCAAAGAGUAUGAAAAGGAACAGGAUAAAUCAUCUAAUUUGGUUCUGAAAGAUAAAGUAAAGCCCAAACAGGAUGCAAAGUAUGAUCUUAUAUUAGAGGAGCAGUCAGAAGACUCAAAAUCAAGUCACUCACACACAAGUAAAAAACACAAGAAGAAAACCCGUCACUGCUCUGAAGAAAAAGAAGAUGAGAACUACAUGCCAAUCAAAAAUACUAAUCAGGAUAUCUACAGAGAAAUGGGGUUCGGUCACUAUGAAGAAGAAAGCUGUUGGGAGAAACAAAAGAAUGAAAAGAAGGACCGAACUCAAAACCGAAGUCGUAGCCGAUCUCGAGAAAGGGAUGGUCACUACAGUAAUAGCCACAAAUCCAAAUACCAAACAGAUCCCUAUGAAAGAGAAAGGAAUAAAAAGAGAGACCGAAGCAGGAGUCCCAGGAAAUCCAAAGAUAAAGAAAAAUCUAAGUACAGAUGAAACAUGAAGAAUCAGACACGGGUGGCUAAAAUACUUACUCUUGUCUAACUUAGAGUAAUAGAUGUUCAGAUUUUGUCUCAAAACAGUUAAAGACUCCACUUGGUUUUUUCCUGUAUUCUGAGUGUCCCCCUUAUAGAUUAAUACUGAUUGUGUGGGGCACAGAAAGACAAUAAAGAAUUGAACAUUUUCUUUGUAUAUUUUUUUACACUAAUUUUAUUGUUAAACAUAAAUAGUAGUCUUCAUUUUUCAAGUCUUUAAUUUUCCACUUUUUAAAAAUGAAGUAUUUCAUACAUAAAAAACACACACAUGUAUAUAUGAGGAUUAAAAAUAAUUAUCUUUGUACCUAUCAGCUAGCUUAGGAAAUGAAUAUUACCUGCAUUUUGGUAAUAUUGGUAAAGUCCCUCAUGUGCCCUCUCCUUCUCAAGUAAUUAUUAUGAAUUUUGUGUUUGUUAUUCUCUCACUUGUUCUAGUUUUACAAUAUAUGUAUCCCUAGAUGAAAUGUUAAGUUUUGUAUGUUUUUGAAUUUUAUAUAAAUGGCAUAAUGUAUGCUCAUUUCUAUGACUUGCUUUUUUUGACUUAGUACUUUUUGGGAAUCACUCAUUUUUAUUGCCGUAUAGUUCUAUGAAUAGACCGCAGUUUAUCCCUUCUCCCGUGGAUGGAUGUUUGGGUUUGUUGGUUUUGUUUUUGCUAUUGCAAACAAUGCUGCUAUGAACAUUGUAUAUCUAGGAGGGGCACUGCUUGGCCAUGUGGUAUGGAAGUCUUCAUUUUACAAGAUAAUGCAUCUCUUCUGUGGCUGUACCAGUUUAUACCCUACCAGCACUAUGUGAGUUACCAUUUUCUCCAACACUUAAUUCUAGGCUUUUUCAUUUUGCCAAUCUCAUGGAGGUUAAGUGGCAUCUUAUUGUGGUGUCCAGCAAGAGCACUAUUAUUCUUAUUUUUGUUCUUCUAUAUGUAAUGUGUCCUUUUUCUCUGCCUGCUUUGACCUUUUUGAGUUUUAAGCAGUUUGAUUAUGAUGUGCUUGGAGUAGAUUUUUUUCAUGUUUCUUCUGCUGGGGCUAUUUCCUGUGGUUUUAUGGUUUUCAUAAAAUUUGGAACAUUUUUGGCUGUUAUUUCUUCAAUAAUAAUAAUAAUAAUAAUAAUGAUUGUCUUUCCUGUCCUUUCACUGCUUUCCCUCUGGGACUCCAGUUGUAUGUUAGGCCACAUUAAAUUGUUUCACAGUCUGGUGGGUUUUUUUAAAGUCUUUUCUCUUUGUAUGCCAAGUCGGACAUUUUCCAUCAUGUCCUCAAAUUCGUUAAUCUUUUCUCCUGAAGUAUCUAAUGUCUUGUUAAUUCCAUUCAGUAUAUUUUUGACCUUGGACAUUAUAUUUUUAAACAUUUUUUUAUUAAUCCUCACCUGAGGAUAUUUUUUCAUUGAUUUUUUUUUUAAGAGAGUGUGGAAGGGAGGGGGAGAGACAGAGAGAGAGAAACAUUGAUACGAGAGAGAUAUCACAGGUUCAACCAAGGCCAGGGAUCGAGCCUGCAACUGAGGUAUAUGCCCUUGACCGGAAUCAAAGCCGGGACCCUUUAGUCCACAAGCCAAUGCUCUAUCCACUGAGCCAAACCGGCUAGGGCUGACAUAUUUUUAAUCUUUUUAGAAGUUUAUAUCUACCAUGUCUUUCCUUAACAUGCUCGUGCAUUUUUUUUAUCUUUGAAACAUCUGGAGUAUAUUUGUAAUCGGUGUUUUAAUGUUCGUGUGCAUUCUGUCAUCUGUGUCAUUUCUGGUUUGUUUCUGUUGGUUGACUCCCCCCCCCCCCCCAAUAGAUUAUAAUCUCCUUCUCCGCAUGCCUGAUGAUUUUUUAAUUUUACGUUGUUAGGUGCUGGAGUUUUUUAUAUUCCUUUAAAUAUGUUGAGCUUUAUUCUGGGACAUAAUUAAGUUACUUGGAAGCUGUUUGAUCCUUUCAUAGCUUCCUGUUAAGCUUAAUGAGGUAGGACUAGAAAAGCCUUUAGUUAGGGCUAAUUCCAGAUAAGCCUUAGGUAAUAACCUUUCUGUAUAAUCUGCCCUGUGCCUGGUCUGGUUUGAGGUUUCUCCGUUCUGGCUGUUGGGAAUGAAAGCUAUUCUAAGCCCUGUAUGAACUCCCUGAUUGUGUCAAGAACGUCACUUUUAGGUGUUGGUUUGUUUUUAAAUCUAAACUCAAUCAAAGUUCAAGCACUGCAAGUUGUUCUUGUCAGUUUAUUCUGUUAAUCUAGAAGAGUUUCCUACCCAUCCAUCUAUGUCUACCUCCCUUCUUUUUAAUGAUGACUUACGUUUAAAUUUGUUGUUGAAAGUAUUACAGAUGUCCCUUUGACGUUGACUUUUUGAAGAGUUCAGGCCAGUUGUUUUGUAAAAUGUUCCACUUCUGGAAUUGAUGGCAUCAUUAUGGUGUUUCUAACCUCUUUAUUUCCUGUAAACUGGAAGUUAGGACUAGGUGUCUGAUUAGAAUUGGGUUUUGUAUUUUAGGUAGAAAUUUCUAAGUUUAAUGUCAAAUUUAUUCGCUUUUCUCUGUGUGUUUUGGGCCUUUUCUAUUUUGUUUAAGAAAUCUUUAAUAAAGAUAUUCUAUGUUCUAAAAGUUAUAAA